AUGAAAUCUCUUCGCUAUCUUAGCAAUAUAAUAUAAAGGAAGGAUUCCAAAUAUAUAUUAUAUUCUUAUAUUUGCUAAUGGAAUUAAAUAAAACUUUAAAUUAAAAUCACUCUUGAAGGAUAUUAUAUAAUUUUAAUCAAGAUUAAGAAGUCUAAAAAAAAAUUAUUUUUCUAGAUCUUUAUUAUGAAUUAUUCUGCGAUCAACAAUAAGUCUAAAAAAUGGUUACAAAUAAUAUGGUAUAGUCUCAUCUUCAAAAAUAUUUUAGUAUUCACAAUAAAACUGUUCAAAAUGCUUGUAAUUAAGUGUAAAUUUCAAACCCUCACUCUAUGAAUUAGUUUUAUUAAAUCGUUAUGAGACCUAGCAUUACUCAAACAUUGAAUGAUUUAAGACCUUAAAUACUAUAUACAGAACCAUUAGAAAUUGUAUUUUAAUAGGAGUAUUUGAAUAAGUUUCUCUCACUAUAAUAGUAGUCCAAAAUUAUGAAAAACGACUUAGAAAUUCAACAGAAGGAGCUUAAAUAUUAAUAAGAUUUGAUUACUCGCCGAAUCUAAAAGUCAAGUAGUGAAAUUAUGAGGAUUAAUUAGGUAUUAUAAUAAUGA